AGAAGAAGGAAAAAGGAGAAGAAGAAGAAGAGGAGGCACCCACAUGUAAACAAAACAACAAAAGUAAAACAAGUUAAACUCCAGAAAUGUCCGUCGUGUUUGUCCCGAAGAGGCUGCGAGGGAAGGCGAAAAUCAACCAGGAGACAAUACAGAGGUUGCUUGAUGAAAACGACCAGCUGAUCAGAUGCAUCGCCGAGUACAUGCAGAAGGGACGCGCGGUGGAGUGUGUGCAGUACCAACAGAUCCUUCACCGCAACAUCGUCUACCUAGCGACCAUCGCCGACGCCAGUCCCGACAACAUGCCCCCCGCCUCUACAAAUGUAAGUACAAAACACUACACAAAAAUACCAAGAAUAAUUUGUGGCAUAUCUGACCUCUGGUGA